AUGGCUUCUAUGCUGAAAGGUGACCCAAGAGUGACAGUUAUGAAGAAUUAUGAACGAGACUGUGUGAAGAAUUCAGCCGAAGCUGCAGAAAAGGUUAGUGAGCUGGUGCAACAGAAGAAAAUAAAGAAACUCCACCCACAAUCGGUACGCAUAUCAAUACCAAUGUUAGAGGAGUCGCUUGCAAAGCUGCCCGAGGAAUGUCCACUGCGCAAUAUUCCUAGUGAGGUUCUUAUACGCAUCAUAAAACUGCUACCGAUGACGUCUAUCCUCUCGCUGGCUACGACAUGUAGAACCUUCAACGAAAUCAUCAACGAGCAGCGCAACGGUAUCAAGGACACGUUCAAGAUCUCUAUCGAUUUCGUGAGUGCUUCUACAGUUUUAUACAGCGCGAAAACGCGAUGGAUCUAG